CAGAGGCAGGGAGAGUCUCAGCACAGGAGCCAGUGUAGGAGGCAGGGGAAGCCCCAGCCCCCGCCUUUCUGUGCAUGCAGGUGGCACACCGAGGGCAUGAUGGGAGAGAGCCCUGUGACUCAGCAGGGCCAGCAAAGCAAAAGCAAAAGCAAGUCUGCAAGCACAUCACUCAUGCAGAGGAGGGCCUGAUCAAGAUGGCAGAGAAGCCCAAGCGCCCGCAUCUAGGAUUGGCCCAGUACCCCCUGCUGCUCACGCUGGAGCCUGAGGGGCAUGGCCUGGGUGGGCAGGUCCUGGAGUUGGCUGGCCCGGAGGAGGUCCACGUCCAUCAGAAAGAUGGCAUCCUGAUCUGCGACGACUUCCUGCUGGGGCAGUGUCUGGAGGGGGAGCGCUGCCCGUGUCACCACACCCCCAACCCCUUCCACUGGCAGAUGCGGCGCAAGGCAGAUGGGGUGUGGCUGAGCAUUGGCACGUUGGCCCAACAGCACCUGGAGAACCUCUACUGCAGCACCAGCCGCCACGACGUGCAGCUCGUUGACAAGGCCGGCUCAUCCUGGACCCUCAAUCUGAACUUCAUGGACCUGAAGCCCAGCCAGCUCUAUGACCGCGUCCGGCGCCUCUCCAACAGCAGCGACUCCAGCCGCAACCCCUACUUCCCCAUGGAGUGGCAGGUGUACUGGGAAGAGUGCGGCGAAUGGCUCGUGUACGAGGAGCCGGUGCGGUGGGAGCUGCUGGCGGCCUUCGAGAAGGGCAUGUGGAACCACGCCUUCAAGUUGCGCGGCCAACUGUACAACGUGGACCUGAAAACACUGACCCAGCGCAAUGUGCGUACGGGCUUCACCCGGCGCAUCCUGCACUGCCCAGUCUUCCGCCCACCCUGGCGCCUGGCGCCCCACCUGCGGACAGGACCAGGCACCACCCUCUCUUCCCCCAGCACCGUCCCUGGGGAGGACCCCCAGGACACCUACUGGGGCCCGUACCCUGCGUCCUGGGUCCCCAAGGCCCCAGUGGGCACCAUGUACACACUGGCAGAAGUGGCGCCAGCAGAGCGGGCCUAUGAGACCACAUGCACGCUGUUCCACAAAACCCUGGCAGAGGACAAGGUGCUGGUGUUGGCCGUCUACCGGGUCCGGAACGACUACCUGUGGCAGAAAUACUGUGGGCAGAAAAAGUUCAUGGCCCAGAGUCGUCCCCGUGCAGUGCGGCGCUGCCUGGAAAGACACCUCUUCCACGGCACCAGGGCCAGCAAAGUGCAGCCCAUCUGUGAGAUGAACUUUGACCCCCGGGUGUCGGGGGAGAACGGCGAGGCUUACGGGCAGGGCAGCUACUUCGCAGUCGACGCCUCCUACUCCCACACUUACGCCAAGGUGGACGAGGCCAGCCUGUGCCACAUGUUCCUGGCCAAGGUGCUGGUGGGGCGCUCGGUGCGGGGCAAUCCCGUGUUCCGGCGCCCCCCACUGGCACACGACGGCUGCCUCUAUGAUUCCUGCACGGACUAUGCUAAGAAGCCGCAGAUCUUCGUCAUCUUUGACAGCUGCCAGUGCUACCCCUACUUCCUGAUCCGCUACAAGCUGCUCUCCGAGCCCGUGGCCGUGGACUCGUGACGGGGGAGCACUGGGGGUCAGAGGUCAGCCUGCCAACCUUGUAUUUCAAAAAUAAGGCACCGAUUUCUUAGCCCACCCCUCCUCCGGAGAUCAUUAUUAUUAUUAUUCAUGCUAAGAAGGACUCACCUACACUCGCCAGGGGGAUUUCUUGGCUGCUUUUAGCAGCACUUGGCGACUCCCAGUCUUGCUGUACAGAGAUGGAACAAAGGAAGGGAUGUCCCUUGUAUCAUAGAAUCACAGACUAUCAGGGUUGGGAGGGACCUCAGGAGGUAUCUAGUCCAACCCGCUGCUCAAAGCAGGACCAACCCCAGCUGAAUCAUUGUAAUAAGGGACUGUUGGCAAUCCUAGUCACAGGUGAAGAGGGCAGCUUGCUCCCGGGGGUGGGAGUGUGUGGAAGAGCCUGAAUACCACCCCCCACCGCCCCCGGCACAGACUGCAAUAGAACUCAGCGUUUGGCCUCUGCACCCCAGGUUGCAGGGAGGAGUCAGAGCCGUGCAGGGUCAGUUGCACUGUCCUUCCUUUCUCAGCUGGCGAUUGGCUCCAGGGGCCUGAUGCAGACCUGCCAUCAGAUCCUGCUGCCCAGAAAAGCUUGGCCUGCGCCCCCUGCGCCAGAAAGGGGGAGAAGGUUGCUGGGGAGCCAUCAUCUAGGGUCACUCCAGUCCUGCGCACGCCCCCCAGGCCCUGCCAACUCCCCAAAUCCUGUGCCUCAUGGCCACCGGGGUCCUUGCCAGCCAGCUCCUUUCUUGCCAGCUCCAGAGAAACGGGGGAUUUACCCCGAGGCCAGCAUGGGGCUCCUGGCACUGCACUGCCCUCAGUCUGGAACAGGGGGGUUGUGUGAUGAUGUGGGGGAUCUGUCACAGACUCCAGGGAUCAGCUGCCCACUGCCCCCUGUCACUGUUGGGCUGAGGAGGUCCAAUCCAUGGGCUGGUGUCAGUCUGAUACCUCCUGUGAAGCUGGCCGAGACCCCACCCUCCCAGCCAGCUCCCCCCACAAGCUGGGGCAGCAGCCAUGCCUCUGCUAGAUUCCUGAGGGGAAGUAAGCACCGCUUCCGGGCACAUCUCUGAUGUCCUCUGCUAUCAGGGGGAUGGGCCCAGGGCCAAGUUGUCCCCCUGCCCGCAGGCCCAGGCAGCUUGGGGUGUUGCUGCUUCCUGCCUAAGCCCUGCAGCAAAGCCCACCCCCAUCCAGAUCAUCCCCCGCCCCCCCCCCUGAGCAAUAGAUUCUGGCCCCCCUGGUCCUGGUGUGUCAAUUGGAGGGGAGGGUUCAGGGCUGCAUCACUGGGGGCAGGAGGAGCAGCAUGGCUGGGGGGAGCCCCUUUCCCAGCACCACCUCCAUCUCCUGAGCAUCAGUCAGGGGAGUUGCCAGAGGGGUACGGGGGGUCCUGGGUGAGGGCGAUGGGCCCAGAGGAGGAAGUGGGGAGCUGGAGGUUUGACAGCAGCUGCCCCAGGUUGGAUGACUGGAGCUGCCAGGGUCUGAAGCCUGGCUUUCCCACAGAGAGACUGCCCACAGCCCCCAAACCUUGCAAUCAGCGCUAAGCAGGCCACCACCCAAAGCUGGCAGCCUUGGGGGGUGUGGGGUGUGAACAGCCCCAGAGACUGAGUCUUGCGGGGUGGGAGGGCCCCUCAGGUGGCAGCUCUGCCCCCCUAUUACCAGCUUUGGGGUAGGCUUAUUUAUUAGGGUUACUCUUCUGGGGGUGGGGUUCUGUACUUCUGUCAAUGUCCUGCUUGUGUCACUUGUGUUCUCAUACAGAACUUCUCCAUGCUGCAAGUUCCCUCCCAAUGGAGCUAUUCUGCAGGACCUAGGUUCUUCCAGCCCCAGAAUCAGAUGAACACACACACACACAUUAACAGGGAACAUCUGAGAGGACUGGGUCAGUCAGCACUCCCAAGCUGACUCCUUGUAUGUCCCUGGACUCAGUAGGCUGGCUCGAGCAGCACUCCCAAGCUGGCACCCUCAUACGCCCUUGGACUCAACAGGUUGGGUCAAACAGCACCUCCAGGCUGUCACUCUCAUAUGCCAUGGGCACUGCAUUGGAAUAGAGUACGCCUGAGCAGGCUAGGUUGAGCAGCACUUUCAAUCUGCAACCCUCAUGUGGCAGUUUUUUUGGCUGUUUUUCAGAGACAUUAUUAAGGGCACAAGAGCAAACUAUCCCACUGCGUAGGAAAGAUAGGAAGUCUGGCAAGAGACUACCCUGAAGUAACCAAGAGAUCUUCAAUGAUCUCAAACUCAAAAAAGUGGAAACCCGGUCAAAUUACAAAGAAUAAAUAUAAACAAAUAUCACAAGUAUGUAGGGACAAAAUUAGAAAAGCCAAGGAACAA